AUGGAUCCUCCUUUUUCUUCAGUUCAAGCUCUUUUGGAUGAGAUCAAGAGAGAUUUGAUGUUAUCCUCAACCCUCAGUCAUUUCCCAACAACAUUUGUUUCCCCAUCAGCUUAUGAAACUGCUUGGCUGGCCAUGAUUCCCCAAGACCCACAAUCAAUAAAGGGUCCAAUGUUCAAAGGUUGCUUGGAUUGGUUCAUAAAUAACCAGAAAGAUGGAGGGUUUUGGGGAGAAGAAGACCAGGAAGGAUUUCCCACCAUUGAUGCCCUUCCCUCCACUCUAGCAUGCAUUGUUUCUCUCAGCAUGUGGGCAGUUGGCAAAGAAAAUGUCACUAAAGAUGGAAUAUUAAUUUCCCGAUCUAAUUUGAUGCCUUCUUUCACCACAUCUGAAGGGUUGGAUUUCAUAAGCAAAUAUUCUGAAAAAAUUCUUGUGAGGGCCAAAGUUCUUCAUCAUCAACUUCCACGCUGGUUAACAAUAGUUUUACCAGGAACCAUCGAACUUGCUCAAUUAAGAGGCCUUAAAAUUGAGUAUAGUCAUGUUUUCAAUGAAAUGGUGUCUGAAUUGUUCUCCCACAGACAACAAAUUCUUACAAUGGAGGUGCUUGUGGACAAACGCCACAACUUUCCGUUACUAUCAUACCUCGAAGCGUUGCCAGUGUCGUAUAGACUGAACAAACAAGAUGUGUUGAUGAAUUUGAGUGAAAACGGGUCAUUGUUUCAAUCUCCAUCUGCAACUACAAUGGCAUAUAUGAUCACUGGAAACGAUCAAUGCUUGAAAUACUUAGAAUGUGUAGUAAAGGAAUGUGAUAAUGCAGUUCCAGCCAUGUAUCCUCUAGACGAAGAACUCAUCAAGCUUUAUAUCAUCAACCAAAUACAAAGAUUAGGAUUGGCUGAGCAUUUUGUUGAAGAAAUUGACCAAAAUUUAGAAACUAUUCAUAAGAGCUACAACAACCAUGAAUUCACGGGAGAAAACAUCGAUUUUACCCCAGUAAAUAUUUAUAAAGACAGCCUGGCCUUUCGUAUUCUCCGAAUGCAUGGUUAUGACGUUUCACCAGACAAGUUUUGUUGGUUUGUUUACAAUCAAGACAUCCUUUCUCACGUGGAAAGAAACUAUGAACAAUACAUGAGUGUUUUGUAUAACAUUUAUCGUUCCUCGGACCUUGUAUUUCCCGAAGAACAUCAACUAGAGAAAGCCAAAUCCUACUCUAUAAGACUGUUAAAGAAAAGUGUUUCUCAAAUAAACGUCAACGAUGAUAAUCUUGUGGCUUUCCCCAAUUUGAAACAUGUGAUUGCUCGUGAGAUGAAUAUUCCAUGGAUGGCUCGCCUUGAUCAUUAUGACCACAGGUUUUGGAUUGAAGAUAACAUGGUCCCUAUCUUAUGGGUUGGAAAGGCUUCUUAUUAUAGGCUGUUGCCUCUUCAAAAUAUGAAGUUAACGCAACUUGCUGUGAGAAAUUAUGAGUUCCGACAAUCUAUUUAUAGGAGGGAACUUGAAGAACUAAAAAGGUAA